UCUGCACCAGAGUUUCGGCCAGCAUCGCUCCCGGUCAAAUCUCACCCCUCCAGCCAGUCUUGGCCCGGAGCUGGACGUCAGAUUUUCGUCGGACAAGCUCAAAAACCUGACCGCGGUGUUACUACCACUAUGCCGGCACACGGCGGCUGGAAGGUGGCACUCCUGGUAGCAGGGGCGGUUCUCUACGUACAGCGCUGUUCAACAGAGGCGACUGUGACGGCGCCGAGUGGGUGCACCUUCAGCCCCAGAGCCGAGACUCCGUUGGGCAUGGUGUGCGACUACGGAAACUCCCGCUACAGCAUGCAACGGUUGAGUGGAGAGCAGCUUCCGGCGUCCAUUCAAGCGAUACAAAUAAUGAAUGGCCAGGAGAUCGUCAUUGGCGAGGGUACAUUCUCUGGUCUCCCAAACCUGCAAAGACUACACUUCAGUGACAUCGGAUGGCUCCGGUUUCACAGGAAUAACUGGUCCACCGUGGCACAGCCGGGACUUGUGACGAUCACAAUGCAGCGGAUUCGGCGAGUUUCCCUGUAUAAAAGUGCCUUCUUAGGGUGGUCCGCGCCCGGUCCAAUGAUAAUCAUCAGCGACAUACACCGGUGUUUUAUCGGAACACGUGCCUUCGAAUAUUACGACACUGUCAUCCAGAGUGUACUUCUACAGAACGUCGGUACUCUCGUCCCGGGCCCAGGUGCAUUCGGAGCGCGCAUCCAUGAGCUUCGAAUCAGCAACGUCUCUGAAUUAAUACGUUGCUCGUUUGGCUCUUUUGACGGCCCAACAAACAGCGUGUUGCUGGAUUCGGUGCACUUCACUCACGUCGGCAGCGGGUGCCUUCGAGCAAAGAACAAUGGUGGUUGGGCCAGCCUGAAGAUUCGCUCCAGCUACCUGGGAAACGUCCACCGGUUCGGGAUUAAAGGUACUUGCGACGAGGUUGUGAUCGAAGACAGCCACAUCGGACGCGUCGAUUCGAGAGGGAUUCACAUAAAGGCGUCCACCUUCACCAUUCGCUCGACCAAAGUCGAAGAGCUGGCCCCAUACUCUCUCAACGUUACACUUGAUCGGUCGGCAUCACUGCAAACGCUAUCGGUGGGCUUCCUCCGAGCCAAUGCCUUGGAGCUGCUGAAUGCUGGCGCCGGCGGAGUUGUUGCUCUCGAGGAUAUUGCGGUGACUGAUGUUGAGCACAACUCCUUAUUAUUUUCAGAUGAAACGCACACCAGACUGAAAAACAUCACAAUAGCCAGCUCGUGCCAUUGUAACAACAUAAUCACCCGAACGCGGCACUUCCCCGAGGUGGGCCGUACGCAGCAACUCGCGAAGCAAAUUCAGCAGAACAUCCUAUGGCGCCAGAUCGCCUUCAACGUUCGCUGCACAGCCGGCACCACCACGCCCAUACUGGCCGAGUUCUAUAGCCAGAAGUGUUGUGUUGAGAAUUAUACACUGGUUCCGGCACUGGACACGUGUAGUCUUCUGGAUCCACUGACAACGCAACCACCUCCUGUCACAUGGAUCUGGCCAGCGUCGACCGGAAUUCCUGCGGUGAUGCUCCUCAUUCUGUUGACCCUAGGAGCUGCCGCUGCAGCAAAGCAUUGGCAAGUGAGCCGGCAGGAGUCGGGAACAGACGAUCAUCUUCGCACCAACGAUAGGUCGCGCGCCUCCGGGACUGGGGCCGAGUAUGUGAAUUUCACUUGGGACAAUGCUUCAGAAAACUCUCACACGACUCAAAGCAGGGAGGACGAUACAAGCGCCACAAGCGAAACAUCCUCACGGGAAAGCAGCCCUAGCAUCGUAGAGACAGAGUAUGUUGAGAUGCAUUUCUUGCCUCGUCCGCCAUCCACUGUAUAUUUUGCUACGAAGUUAGGUUUGUUACAUCAUUCCAGCCAUCUCCCACGCCCCUCAUCAUCCAUGUUUUACGAAAUUAAGCCCCGCAUAGCCCCACGCCGGAAACCGAGACCAGUCUGAGAUCUCCUCUGCUACAUAGGCAUCCGCCGCUCAUUGUGGGAUGAAUCAUGGCGUGACUGCUGCGCCAUUUACGGAAAUUGAACAUCCAGCAAGUCUCAGUGUCAGAGCAACGACCUAGCAAAGUGACAAGACAUGAGAAGGUAGACAGAAAACAUGAGACUAAAGCCUUUAGCUACACAGGAUGAAGUGGCAAGUGCUUAACCAAUUAGUGACUUGGCUGGUGCCUAUAAAGGCACAUGCAUGUAUUUCGGGAUGUGUUGUUGUUUGGCAGGGAACACGACUGUACUUGCAUCUAAUUUCUAAGCAUAUGUGUGUAAUAAGGCUGUCCGGAUUGACGGCCUCUAUUUGUACAAUCAAUAUGUACCUAUACAUGCUGCACAGAUGUGA